AUGAACUCAACACCGCUUAAAAGCUUUGACCAUUUAGACUCCGGGGACUUGGUUGCCGAAAGCAAACAGAUCAUUGACUCUGUAACCACAUGGAAGAAGAGUAAGCUAUACAAUUACGAUUUAGUUUCUGGCAAAAAAGUUGCGGUACAAACCUAUACGAAGACAAUCAAUAAUGACUAUUGGUGUGCUAGAAAUUCGUCGUUGGAGGAAUUGAAAGACGAGAAGAAACAGGUGUAUCAGAACCUUCUCAAGUAUAUUGUGGGGUCGAGUGUGGAUCAGAACAAGACUCAUACCGAGUACGAAACCAAGUAUGUCGAUGAGAUUUACGACUAUAAACUCGAAACUGUAUCUUUGAAAAAUUCUGAUGAAAAUGCAAUAACUUACAAAGGUCAGAUGUAUUACAAGUUCCAGUUUCCUUUACAACGGCGUAUAUUCCACGAACUUGUGCACAUUGUAAAAGCCAAAGAUGAUUCAGAAGCAUAUGUCAUUACCCUUGCUUUGGAUCCUAGUCUCUUCGCCAACAAGGAACCUUCGUUUGUUCCUGCUCGUUACACUUCUAUCGAAAAGAUAGCAUACGACGAAGACACAAACAAGUUGGUAUGGUCCAUGGCAACUUGCUCUAGUCCUGGCGGAUCGGUUCCAGACUGGAUGACAAAGAUGGGCUUACCCCCAGCAGUAGCCAAAGAUGUGCCCCAUUUUUUGAACUGGGUAGCUUCAGGCAACGUCUGA